AUGGCAAGCUCGGCCACCAGGUUGCCUUCCCCAGCCUCCUCCAGCUCCUCUGAGAUCAUCCUCAAAAGCUCAGAUGGUGAGUCAUUUGAGGUCGAAGAGGCAGUGGCACAACAAUCACAGACAAUCAAUUAUAUGAUUGAAGACGGUUGCGUUGAUGAUAAUGGGGUUCCUUUGCCUAAUGUUAGUAGCGCCAUUCUUGCUUUGGUGAUCGAGUACUGUAAGAAGCACAUUGAUUCUCCCAACCCCAACGACGAUCUCAACUCUUGGGAUGCCCAAUUUGUCAACGUUGAUCAGGCCACACUUUUUGAACUUAUGCUGUCUGCAAAUUAUCUGAACAUCAAUCACUUGCUUGACUUGACAUGUCAAAUUGUUGCUGAUAAGAUCAAAGGAAAGACUCCAGAGGAGAUCAGAAAGAUAUUCAACAUCAAAAAUGAUUUCACUCCGGAGGAAGAAGAAGAGAUUCGAAGGGAGAACCAAUGGGCUUUUGAAUGA